AUGAGGAAGUUCUUCGAUUCUCGCCGGGAGUUGGUCAGCUCAGGACCAGGUUCCGGAGGCGGUGGUGGGAGCAGUGGGUCCAGCCAUUCAGGUGGCAAUUUCAUUGGACGAGCCUUUAGUAUCGGGCGCCACCAAGUCACUGUCGAAGAGAUUAUUGCCGAAGGAGGUUUUGCUGUAGUGUUCCUUGUACGGACAAAUCAAGGGGUACGUUGUGCACUGAAGAGAAUGUAUGUCAACAAUGAGUAUGACCUGCAGGUGUGCAAGCGAGAGAUUCAGAUAAUGAAAGAUCUAGUUGGUCACAAGAAUAUUGUUGGUUAUCUGGACUCUAGUAUCACAGCUGUGGGAGCAAGGGACGUCUGGGAAGUUCUCAUUCUUAUGGACUACUGCAAGGGAGGCCAGGUGGUGAAUUUGAUGAAUCAAAGGCUGCAGACUGGCUUCACUGAGGCGGAGGUGCUGCAGAUCUUCUGUGACACAUGUGAUGCUGUUUCUCGCUUGCACCAGCGCAAGACACCUAUCAUCCACAGAGAUCUCAAGGUAGAGAACAUCCUUUUACAUGACAAGGGCCAUUAUGUGCUGUGUGACUUUGGCAGUGCCACCGACAAGUUCCAGAGCCCACUGACAGAAGGAGUGACUGCUGUUGAAGAAGAAAUUAAAAAGUACACCACUCUAUCAUAUCGUGCUCCAGAGAUGGUGAACCUCUACAACAAUAAAAUCAUCACUACUAAAGCAGAUGUUUGGGCGCUGGGCUGUUUGCUGUACAAGUUGUGCUUCUUCACUUUGCCCUUCGGCGAGAGCCAGGUGGCCAUCUGUGAUGGCAGUUUCACCAUCCCAGACAACUCGCGCUACUCCUACGAUCUGCACUGCCUCAUUCGGUACAUGCUGGAACCAGACCCAGACAAAAGACCAGACGUCUUCCUGGUGUCCUAUUUUGCUUUUAAACUAGCUCAGCGGACUUGCCCUGUUCAGAAUGUGAAGAAUUCUGCAAUUCCUUCAAAACUUCCUGAGCCAGUCAAAGCUAGCGAGGCUGCAGCAGCAAAGAAGACCCAGACUAAACCCAGAUUGACGGAUCCAAUCCCCACAACUGAGACUUCCAUCACCCCUCGACAAAGGCCGAAAGCAACCCACGCCCAGCCAUCCACAGGCAUUCUGCCCAUCCAGCCUGCUGCACUCACCCCUCGCAAACGGGCUAAUCUCCCCGCAGGAGCAGCUCAGCCAAUCGGAGUCAACCUAGACCUCUCUCAGCCAGCUGCAGCUCUGCAAUCACAGAAGGCACAGACGUCAUUUCUGCCGCAAGCAGCAAUUAGCCAGUUACAGAAUGAUUCCAGUAAGGCUGUGGUUCAGCCCAAGCAGCUGAUGCAGCCAGUAGCAGAAACGGGAACAGAGAUCUCCUCAGCAGCGAUAGGUGUGCUGUCUACGCCCAAGACUGAUGCCCAGCCACAGGCCCAAGUACAGACCACAGCUCAUCAACAGGUCACAUCUCCUUCUUUGGCCAGUCCCAUUCCUGUGCAAGCAGCUCAACCUCCAUCAAGCCCAGCCCCACCUCAACGGCCUGCUCGGCGUAAGCAAGCUAGUCAGGCAAUAGCCCAGCCUUCUCCCACCAAAACAGUCUCUAGCCAGCCUCCUGUAUCUCAGCAGCAACAAGCUUUUCAGCAGCUGGAAGUUCAGACAGCACCUGCAAAGGUUCAGUCCAGCUCCGCUGAGAUCAUCCAAAACACAGCCGAGUUGGAGAAGAUGUUUUUAACCCAUGUUCUACAACUCCGAGUGGGCGUCGUGUUUUUACAGAUUUUGUGCUCUGUUCUUUGUUGCUCCAUGUCCUUUUUUUUUAAUCAGAGUCAGACUCCACCUGCUUCCCCGAAGACCGCCGAAGAGCAGGGCCACAAGCGUAUCCCAAGUGAUGCCACAUACAGCGCUAUGGUUGAUGUUCCAGUGAGUGACCCCUCACAACAACUACCACAAGGAGCUGCAGGAGAUGCCACCAUCAACCAAUCUAUGACUGCACCUCAGUCAGAUGUUACCCCGGCUGCACAGCCUGGCGUGUGCGAUGCAGAACAGGACCAGAACACAGCUGUGGCCACUGUGCCUGGUUCUACUAACAGCACUCCUACACAACCUGCGUGGAACCCAUUUGAUGACGACAACUUCUCCAACUUAACUGCAGAGGAACUGUUUCACAAUGGCAAGGAUAAAAAGCCUAAUGACAUACCUCCAGAAACUAAGAUAAUGCCCUGUGAGGAUUUGAUACCAGGCUUGCAAGCGGCAACUCCUCGAGAAAAUACACUCCAGCCAGCUGUUGAAAGACCGUCAACCACUCUGGAUGUGGAUCCUGGAACCUCGCUGUUGACUGUCUCAGAUCCUUUCCAUGCUCUAGAGCUCUCAGAUACUCCAGAAAAGCUGAUUGAAGGACUUAAGUCUCCAGACACAUCUUCGCUCAUGCUGCCUGACCUUCUUUCAUUGGCUGAUCCCUUUGGUGGUUCUGUGGAAGAGUCUGCAAAAGAUCCGCUCACUGCAGAGGACUCUCUUCUGGGCUGCUCACUAAUAUCUGGUCCAUGUGCCACUCCAGCAGGGAACAGUGCCACCUCCUCUCUCUCUUCUGCUCCCACCUCUGCUACUUCUGCUCUGGAUGACUUAAGUCUGUUAUCUGGAGACUCCACGCAACAUAAAGCAGUUUCUUCUCUCCUGGUCUCAGACUUGGAGCCCCAGCAGUCCAGUGCAGAGGCAGGUGCAGAAGAUGAGUUUGAUCCUAUUCCUGUGACAGGACGAAAAAACUCUUCUUCCCAAGACCUGCGGAGGGAGCCCAAAAGCCACGGUGUACCUCUAGCCACUGGAAUUACUGCCUCGGUUCAGGCUGCUGAGAAAGAACAGCAGACAAAGAUUCAACAUGGAACCAAGGCUCUGUGUGUUCACAACAAUGCUAAGCACUGCAUACCAUUAAAUGAAAGCAGCUCCUAUACAGUACCAGUUAAUUGUACUGACCUGCCUUUCAAACCUGUCAACCAACUAUCCCCUUGUCAAUCCAUUAACAACCCAGCAACCUCUGAUGUCUUCCAGCUGGCCCCUUUUAAGGUAGCUGGAAAUGAAAGCAUGGAUAAGAUGUUCACCAGCCCUCCCCUCUCAGUAUCCACUAAACCCAACGAGCAGUCUGAUGUCUUUCUUCAAGCACCCUUUUGGAGGAGACAGGAAUCUGCCAAGGGUGACACUCACCUAUCUGUAUCUAGUCUACAACCUCCUCACCAGAUCCAACCCAAGCCCCACUGGGUGCCCCCAUCACCCCUAGCCUCUUCUCAGUCACUUACUAAUGAGGUCCCUCCCAGUUAUUUCCAGUACUCCGAAACUAUUCUCCAGCAGCCGGUGGCAGCGCACCGUGUGGUGUCCAGUGUUGGCCAGCAAGCUGCCAUUGGCUCAGUAGCAGUAGGGCCAUUACACUCAUGGACUAUAGGGGGAAAAGCUCUUGAGGACCCAUUUACAAGGGCACCCUUUCAACCAAGAUCCUCCCAGUGGAAACCUUAA